UUCAAAUUAGCCAUGGAUUCAUCUGAGUUUUCCGUACUCAAACAACUACUCUCAAAAAUGCCAACUUGUAGCUUAAUCUUGCCGUACUUUGGAAGAACAAAUGAAUGAUGGAAACUACUGACAAGUCUUUGAAAAAGCACAAGAUCCACAUGGUAUGAUAAUCAGAAGCCAUUUUUAUAAAAGUUAUCCUAAAAGACAAUUAUGCGAUUCUCCCUGGGUUUGACGACUUCCUCAAUAGAAGGAAUUACAUAAGCAAAGUGUUGGAUUCAAUUUAUCCCUACAUUUACAAAAUGCCACCGAUUUGUCUUGACUCUCAAAUCAACUACAUGUAUUUCUUGAAUGUAUUUGAUUGGCUCAAAAAUCCCCAAUGAGUAAACUUUGAGUCAAUCGAAUGUGACAUAUCAAACUUUCCAGAGGAAUACAAAGAAUUCUUUGAAAAAUACCCCUACUUUUUGGAAUACAUCCAGUACUCUGAUAGAGACGAUGUUGACACAGGUUUGUUCAAGAACUUCAAUAUCUAUAACCUCCCAAUUAUUUCAGAAAAAGAGCGGCAAGAGGUUGAUUUGUUUGACCAUAUUAAUCAGAAACUCCAGAACAUUGAAAAGGCAAGAGGCUUGCAUAUAAACCUCAUUAACCAAACUCCCAUACUUGGAGCAGAUUUUGAAGUGCCAGCUCAUUUAAAAGACCAGAUUAAUUACUUGAAGUUAAGCCUGCAUGACGUGGAUUAUUCAAAACUACCCUUACAGUCAUUACUAGCAUGAAUGCUACCUAAAUUUUCAAACUUGAAUGACUUUGAGCUUGCAAUAGAUGUGUCAGGCAGUACCAUUGACAAACUAUUAUGUUGUCUACUUGUAAUGCCCUCAGUUCUUAGCUUUAAGCUCACCACUAAGACUAUUGAAGAAAGAAAAGAUCAUAGUGAAACUACAACCAGUCCUAUUUCAUACUGAUAUGCACAACCUUACACAUAUGUUUGAAAUAACAGCCAAAUCACGAUUGUGAGCUGCUCUCAGAAACAAAAGUUCACAAUUAGUUCACCAAGGAUAGAACUUCGUUUUAAUUAUGAACACAUAAUGAAACCAGAGGAAGACUUAGGAGAAGUUCAAUGACUUAGUAAUAUAUUAUCUAUUAAAUUCAAUGCAAAUGAAAAGAAUACUGUAAUUGACACAGUUAAGAAAGAAGAUAAGAUAAAAGAAGAUUGAAUCCUCGUCGACCUUACUGAGGUUGAUAUAGUAUGCUCAAAUAACUCAGAUUUGAACUUUAGUAACUUCACCAGAUAUUUCCAAUCAUUAUCAAACGCAGUGGUAAACUUAGAAGUUAUGCAGGGUUUAACCUCUCAUCUUCAUAACGAAGGAUCAGACAUUCAAACAGAAAUAUUAUCUCCCCUCACCCAUUGCAAAGGCAUAAACCUUGACCUUGGCAGGAUAGAGACGAUGUUCUGCGGAGAAGAAUCAGUUGACGACCUCCUAUGCAUCAGAGAAAAGAUCUCAGGAGUAAAACUAUCCAUCGAGUGCAACUCCUUCUUAGAUAUGGAAAAUAAAUAAAGACACAAGUUUCAUGAACGAAGAACCCCCAACAUUUAAAAAAUGGGUGUGUUUCGUUAAGUACUUACCAAACCUCGAAACCUGAGAAGUUAAAGUUUCAACCUACACAGGAGAGUCAAUCGUAUUUGGCAAAGAACAGAUCAAAUCUGCUGAUAUUGAUUAUGAUUUCGUUCAAGACCAAAAGUCUAAAAUUACAGAACUCAGAGCACAAAUAGCAAAGAAAAGACUUGAAAGCUAUCUUUUAGAAUCUAAAUUCAAAUAGUAAAAUUCAACACUCAA